CAAAUCAUCUUUCUCUUCCUUGUAAGUUCUCCAUUAUCUUCUUCUUUCACCAUGCCCCUUUCCUUCCAAUGAGCUUCACCAUCUCUCCUUCACCGUGUUCGUUUUCUAACUUAACAACCAAACUCACUGCUACUUUCUCAAGCUCAAGCGGAAGCUUCAAUGGUUGAAGCUGAAGCCGCCAAGAUUUCUCUCUCUGUUGAGUGCUACACUUGUAGUACUCAUCUCGGCAUCCCUUUUUUCCACUCCACUGCCAGUUGCGACAGUGCCCACCACCCCAAAUGGCAGGCUUUAGCCGGGUCAUCUCUUAUCCCCAUCCGGGUAGAGCCAGAACAACCAGGCUUGCUGUCUACUUCUCUUGUCGAGUCGAAUCCCGGUACGAGCUUCUUGUUUCGGUUUGGGUCGGUUUUGGACCCACGAAGUGGGUUUGUGAGAAAGUGGAAUCGGAUUUUUCUGGUGGCACGUGGCAUUGCAUUGGCCGUUGAUCCUAUGUUUUUCUACGUGUUCUCGUUGAAUAUCGGCGAGAGUGGGGCCCCGUGUGUUCACUUUGGUGCUGAGUUGGCGAUGAUCGUGAGCGUUGUUCGCACGAGCGUAGAUGCAGUGCAUUUGUUUCAUAUUUGGCUUCAGUUCAGGUUGGCUUACGUGUCAAGAGAGUCACUCGUUGUGGGAUGUGGGAAACUCGUGUGGGACGCACGUGCCAUCGCUCAUCAUUAUGUUAGAUCCCUCACGGAUUUCUGGCUUGAUGUCUUUGUCAUUCUACCAAUCCCACAGGCUGUGUUAUGGUUACUAGCUCCGAAGCUCAUUCGAGAAGGACAAAUCAAGCUGACAAUGUCGAUUCUCCUGCUAAUAAUCAUGUUCCAAUUUCUCCCAAAAGUCUACCACAGCCUCCGUCUCAUGAGGAAAAUGACCAAAGUUACAGGUUUCAUUUUCGGCACCAUUUGGUGGGGCUUCACCAUCAAUCUAAUCGCCUACUUAAUUUUCUCACAUGUUACAGGCGGAUGCUGGUACGCUUUAGCCACACAACGCGUAGUUUCAUGCCUCCAGCAACAAUGUGAAAGGAGCAAACACUGCGGCGAUCUUUCUCUGUAUUGCUCCAAAAUCGGCGUCGCUUCUCGGUCGCCGACGACGAUCAGGAAAUCGCCGUGCUUGGAUAGCGAUGGACCGUUCAAUUAUGGGAUCUAUGCUGCAGCCCUUCCUGUCAUUUCUAGUAAUUCUCUAGCCGAUACCAUUCUUUAUCCCAUAUUCUGGGGAUUAUUAAACCUAAGUACAUUCGGCAAUGUACUUGAGCCUACAAGCGAUCUGCUAGAAGUGAUGUUCAGUAUAUGUAUUGUGCUCAGUGGCCUAUGCCUCUUCACAUUAUUGGUUGGGAAUAUCCAGGUGUUUCUUAAUGCGGUUACAGUAAGAAAGAAGAAGAUGCAACUGAGAAGUAGAGAUAUGGAAUGGUGGAUGCGAAGGCGGCAGCUGCCGUCUUGUUUGAGACGGCGAGUGCGCCAUUUUGAACGUCAGAGAUGGGCAACAAUGGGAGAGGAUGAAUUGCAAUGGAUAGAUGACUUGCCUGAAGGCCUUCGGAGGGAUAUUAAACGUCAUCUUUGCCUAGACCUCAUAAAAAAGGUACCAUUAUUCCACGAUUUGGACGAUCUUAUCCUCGACAAUAUAUGUGACAAAGUGACGCCUGUUAUAUACUCUAUACACGAAACGAUAAUCCGAGAAGGAGAUCCUGUGACGAAGAUGGUGUUCAUCGUCCGCGGCAGAAUAAAACGGAGCCAAACCCUGAGCAAAGGCACCGUAGCCACAAGUGUGCUAGAGCCCGGAGGCUUUUUAGGAGAUGAGCUGCUGUCCUGGUGCCUUCGUCGUCCUUUUACCGAGCGAUUACCGGCAUCCUCAGCGACAUUUACGACUACAGAAUCGAUAGAGGCAUGCGCCAUCGAUUCGCAACAUCUUCGGUACAUUACAGAGCAUUUUCGAUACAAGUUCGCCAACGAAAGGCUAAAGCGGACGGCGAGAUAUUACUCGUCGAAUUGGAGGAACUGGGCAGCUGUGAAGAUUCAGUUUGCAUGGAGAAAAUACAGGAUAAGGAUGAGAGGUCCUGUGAAUCCUGAAAGGGGCACGACUGGGGGCAAUGCUGAGAGCAGGCUUAGACAAUAUGCUGCCAUUUUCAUGUCUGUCAGACCACAUGACCACCUUGAAUAAACAAAAUUGCAGAGCAGAAAUAUUUCCGAUUCUGUAAUUCCAA